CGACACCUCCCUUUGUCAUUCCAACGCAGUGGUAGCCGGAUGGCAGAGCUUCUCGCGGCCGAUACAAUCGUUGCUGCGGGUUCAGCAACAUUGAUCACUCCUGCGGUCAUGAUCUUUGAUAGACUUGUCGUGGAAAAAUCCUUCUAUAACCAACCUCUUCUCCCCGCAUUCCGACGACACCUUUGGCUCUCCAUCUCACAGCCUGCUACCUUUUUAACAUCACGACCCAGUCUCCUUGUCUGGUCCCUCUAUACCGCAACAUUCGCAACAGUAAAUGCAUCAGAGACGAUCCUAGAGAAGAUCAAUCCCAAAAUCGACCAUGCAAUCGCUGGAAUGACAACCUUCAUCUCGACGUUCAUCGUCAACUCCUCCGUGGGCAUCUGGAAAGAUGUCAAAUUCGCACAAUUAUUCGGCCAGAAACAUAUCAACACAGACUCUACACCAAAGCCUGCUCCUUCCCCGUCAUCGACAUCCUCAACUCCAACACCGGCUCCUAAAGUCGCCCGUUCAAUCAGCCGUAUCCCCCUUGCUACAUACUCUGCCUUCCUCAUCCGCGACGGCCUCACAAUUUUCGGCUCCUUCAGUCUUCCCAACAUGGUCUCAGCAUCUAUCCCCGACUCUAUCGCCUCCCAAGAAUACCUCAAAAUCCUCAUUGCCCAGCUCGCCAUCCCCGCAUCCAUCCAACUCAUCAGCACACCCAUCCACCUCUUCGGAUUGGACCUUUAUAACCGUCCCCAGACCCUCCCCACAAAAGACCGGCUCCGUCGUAUCAGUCGAGACUGGAUCGGUGCAUCACUCCUACGCAUGUGUCGAAUUAUUCCCGCAUUCGGGGUAGGGGGAUUCGUGAACACCGAGGGGCGGGCAUAUUUACACGAGCAGCUAAACCGGCUCCCACGAUGAUCCUGAUCUCAUAAUCACGAUGAUAAUAUCGCAUUACCAGAUACUUUGCCCAAGGUGGGGAGAGGAGAAGGUGCAAAGUGGCAACCCACCGCCAAUUCACCGGCCCGGUGUUUCGCCCCGUCUGGCUCCGGAACACAACACGUUCAUCACCGGAUGGGUGCAUUAUUGAUUAUUUGAUUCGAUUUGGAAAUCAUUUUCAAUAUUAUAACAUAAUAGAUAUCCAUAGAACAAGCAAUAUACCCAGCAUUUAUCAAGCGUUCAGCAAUACGCUCACAUCCUUGUUAUGUAACUAGGAGGAUGAUUAACCGCUAAAUGGGUUUUCUCCGCUUGGGGCCCCGCUAUCGUCGGUCGUUAUUUGGUGAUCUUAUUAGAUAAUUAUCUAAAGCCUCUCAAAUAUUAUCUAUUUCCCUUAAAUAUAUAUUGGUCUAUACCUCUACU